ACAUAACACCGCUAUUAUAUCAACAAUACAAAUUCUAAAAUCAAUACGGCGCUGUAUUUUGAAAAUCAAAUACCAAAAUUAAACACCACAACACUGUUGUUCUUUAAUUCCAAGAGUACAAUGGGCAUGCUCUAUGGACCCAUUUGUAUUCGACAAAAUGCCCAAACCAAGAGAGUGUGCGCCGACAAGUUCGUUGAAGGCAUCGAAUCCGGCGGAGCCAAAGCCCAUGGAUAGUGCCGCCUGGCAGUGGACGCACCUUCCAUGUACCUCCCCUCCUCCAGCCCCCCUUGCAAUCCACGUCUCCUAAUUAAAUACCUCUCCACAUUUUUAGUUCAUCCCAUGUACAUAAUAUUUAUUGUAUUGCAUUGUGUGUUGCAUUGUAUUGUAUUGUAUUGUAUUGAUCCAAACUCCUCUCUUCUUCCUCCCCUGAAGCCGUGCUUGGAUUAGGUAGAACCCUGUCCAUCAUGUAGCAGCUAAACAUUGACCUACAUGCAUGUACAAAUCAUUACCACAAAUUGAGAAGGAGGAGGAGGAGGAGGAGGAAGUGUGAUUGACUCAGAGUUUCAUGCAUUCUCGUAGCAGAAGCAAUUAAUGGAAGUGGAGAGCUUUAUGGCCGUCGUUUUGGUGGUUCUCUCCGCCGUAGUUAGUGUUGGUUCUGGCGCGAAGGAAUUCGAUUACAAGGAUGCUCUGUCCAAGUCUCUGCUUUACUUCGAGGCGCAGCGCUCCGGCCGGCUUCCCUACACUCAGCACGUCGCCUGGCGCGGCCACUCCGGCCUCACCGACGGCCUUCAACAGGGAGUGGAUUUGGUUGGGGGAUACUACGACGCCGGCGACCACGUCAAGUUCGGCCUUCCCAUGGCCUUCACCGUCACAAUGCUGUCGUGGAGCGUGAUCGAGUACGGAGAGGAGAUCGCCGCCGCCGGCGAGUACUGGCGUGCUCUGGAGGCCAUCAAGUGGGGCACCGAUUACUUCAUCAAGGCUCACACCCACCCCUUCGUCCUCUGGGCCGAGGUGGGCGACGGCGACACCGAUCACUACUGCUGGCAGCGGCCGGAGGACAUGACGACGUCGCGGCAAGCGUACAAAAUUGACAAGGACAAUCCCGGGUCGGACGUCGCCGGCGAGACGGCGGCGGCCAUGGCCGCCGCCUCCGUCGUGUUCCGGAAGUCCAAUCCCAAGUACGCCCGCCUCCUCCUCCAUCAUGCUCGACAGCUGUUUGAGUUCGCGGACAAGCACCGGGGCAAGUACGACGGCAGCAUCAGGGAGGCGAGGAGCUACUACCCGUCGUGGAGCGGCUACGAGGACGAGCUGCUUUGGGCGGCGCUGUGGCUGCACAGGGCGACGGCGCGGGCGGAGUACCUGCAGUACGUGGUGGAGAACGGCGGCGCGUUAGGGGGCACAGGGUGGGCGGUGACGGAGUUCAGCUGGGACGUCAAGUUCGCCGGCGUCCAAAUCCUGGCUUCCAAGCUGUUGCGCGAUGAGAAAAACCUAACGAAGGCUCAGACGGCGGAGCUGCAGCUGUACAGGUCGAAGGCGGAGCACUACGUGUGCGCUUGCCUCGGCCGGAACGCCGGCGCGGGCAACGUGCGGCGCUCCCCCGGCGGAAUGCUCUACGUGCGCCGUUGGAACAACAUGCAGUACGUUACCGGCGCCGCCUUCCUCCUUGCCGUCUACUCCGCCCAGCUGGAGGCGGCGGGCGGCCGACUCCGCUGCCCGGGAGGCGACGCUGGGCCGGACGAGGUUAUGGGCCUGGCUAGGUCGCAGGCCGAGUACAUUCUGGGCUCGAAUCCGAUGCGGAUCAGCUAUUUAGUGGGCUUUGGGCCCAAAUACCCGGUGCGGGUCCACCACCGUGGGGCCUCCAUUGUGGCCUUGAAGAGGAGCAAGGACUUCAUUGGGUGUACACAGGGGUACUAUGAUUGGUACGGACGACGAGGGGCAAACCCGAAUGUGUUGACCGGUGCUAUCGUUGGUGGUCCAGAUGAUCGAGACUGGUUUAGGGAUGACCGAGAGAACUACAUGCAGACGGAGGCAUGCACAUACAACACUGCACCAUUAGUAGGAUUAUUCGCUAAACUACACCACCAAUCGAUGACAUUGUCACUGGAUUCUCAAAAAAUGUCAGAAAUCCAAGUGGAAUAGGAGGGAGAGAUCGAGAAAGUUGAUCGAUUUGAAUUCUUUAUAAAAUGAAGGUUAAUUCAUUCCAUGGACGAGUCAUCAAGGCACGCAGCUUGUAGAAAUGGAGUUAUCAUACGACAUUGAUCAUUUUUUGUAUCGAUGUAUAGGCUUAAGCUUGUUGAAUUGUGAGUCUUAUACUAGAAGAAAGAAGAGAAAAAUACAAUAGAUAUUUACGUAAUAAUGAAGAA